GGUGUGUAAAAGGGAGGUCUCAUGGCCGCAUAUAUGCUGGUGAUGGGCCGCUAAGUUACAUUGGAUGGGUUUUCGCGGCUGGCGUGCAUUUGCUACCCCCCUUCGGCUAAUUCACUUUCUGGGCUUCUCGAUCGACAUCAUACGACCAUCGAAUUCUGAAAGGACCUCUUAACGAAAACUGGGACGAAAGAAUGCUACUCGCCCAACGUCGUACCUCCACUAGUGUCGACGUACACAUUGACGGGCCGUUGCAGGUUGUAACGCUGCAGGUGGUGACGAGCCAAAGCUCUCUGUCAGCUCAUGGCACGCAGAGAGAGGAGCUUGAUGAUGACAAUCAAUGGUCCCUAUUGCUGCAUCUUAUAUUAACAGGGGUAACCUGGGAGAACUUACUUGAUCCGGCCAUAGGCUCACAAUGA